AUGGCCAAGGGAGACGCCAUGCUGCGCUGCGUGGUGACGGGGUGCCCCAGCAAGGCCAACCGGGCCACCUCCCGCCGGGGCAUCAGGUUGCACGCCUUCCCCCGAGACCUGGGCCAGAUCGGGUCCUGGCUGCGGCUCACUGGACAGGACUUCGGAGACCUGGACCGGCUGGCCCAGCAGAUCUGCUCGGACAGGGACGUGGCGGACGGCGUGCGCAUUUGCUCCGCCCACUUCACCAGAGACUCUUACCUCACCGACUACCCCACAAAGCUGCUGAGGGCGGACGCUGUGCCCACCGUCUUCCCCAAACGAAGAGCCACGCCCCAACCCCCGGCUGUGAACGCUGAACCUGAUUUGGCGGCAAGAGAUGGGCCACUUCCUAAGGUGAACGACACGCCGGAGCCUCUGGUGCUGGAGAGUUAUGGACCCAUAAAAAAGAAGUCUGGUCAUCCACCUUCCUCCUUGCCGUCCGAGGGAAACAUCGACAAGAAGAUUGUAGAAGUCGCCCAGAAGAUCAUCGAGCUGCUGACAGGAGAGGAAGAUCAGGAGAUCCCUCAGGAUGAUCGCCAGGUCCUGCAGGACUAUUCUGUAAGUGAAACAAAUGAUCUCAUUAACUCAAUCAUUCCUUUUUUGUUCAACCCCCUUCGCUGCCAGGUUGUAGAUGGACUUGAGAACAGUGAGAUCUUGGAGAUUCUCGCUUCAUCUCCGAGGUGCAUAGCAGAAGAUGAUUCUAUAGAAAUCCCCAACACCCCAGAUUUCCAUCCAGAGAUUGUCGGGGAAGAUCUGUAUGGAGGACGUGCUUCUGAUCCCUCCACACAUCUUGGACGUUUUUCAGAUUGCUCUACACACCUUGGACAUCUUACACAGAUUGGACAUCCUCCAUAUUGCACUACACAGAUUGGACAUCCUCCAGAUUGCACUACACACUUUGGACGUCCCCCAAAUCAUCCUCCCAAUCACUCCACGCACAUUGGACAUCCUCCAAAUCACUCCACACAGAUUGGACAUCCUCCAGAUUGCUCUACACACUUUGGAUGUCCCCCAAAUCACUCCACACAGAUUGGACAUCCUCCAGAUCGCUCAACACAGAUUGGACAUCCUCCAGAUCGCUCAACACAGAUUGGACAUCCUCCAAAUCACUCCACGCACAUUGGGCGUCCUCCCAAUUGCACCACAAAAAUUGGACAUCUUCCCAAUUUCUCUACAAAGAUUGGACAUCCUCCCAAUUGUGCCACACAGAUUGGACAUCCUCCAAAUCGCUCCACGCAGAUUGGACAUCCUCCAAAUAGCUCCACGCAGAUUGGACAUCCUCCAAAUCGCUCCACGCAGAUUGGACAUCCUCCAAAUCACUCUACACAGAUGGGACGUCCUCCCAAUUGCACCACAAAAAUUGGACAUCUUCCCAAUUUCUCUACAAAGAUUGGACUUCCUCCCAAUUGUGCCACACAGAUUGGACAUCCUCCCAAUUGCUCCACAAAGAUUGGACAUCCUAAUGGCUCAACUCAGAUUGCACAUGCUCCCAGUCACUCCACACAGAUUGGUCAUCCUUCCAAUCACUCCUCGCAGAUUGGUCCUCCUUCCAAUUACUCCUCGCAGAUUGGUCACCCUCCCAGUCACUCCAAGCAGAUCGAUCAUUCUCCCAGUCAUUCCACGCAGAUUGGUCACCCUCCCAGUCACUCCUCGCAGAUUGGUCCUCCUUCCAAUUACUCCUCGCAGAUUGGUCCUCCUCCCAGUCACUCCACACACAUUGGUCACCCUCCCAGUCACUCCACACAGAUCGGUCACCCUCCCAAUCACUCCACACAGAGUUGUCAUUCUCCCAAUCACUCCACACAGAUUUGUCAUCCACCAAAUUGCUCUCUAGAUAUUGGACAUCCUCCCAAUCACUCUACACAGACUGGCUAUCCUCCUGAUCCCUCCACAAAUAGAAGACACACAUCCGAUGCCUCUAAUCUUGACAGACAUCCUUCUGAUCCUGCUGUGCUCAGUGGACAUCUUCCCAACUCCUCUACAAUUGGAGGCCAUCUUUCUGGUCAUGCCGGCAAUCUUACCGAUCAUACCGCAUAUCGAGGCAACAAUAGAUUUGUCUGUUCACAGUGCGGGAAAUGUUUCUCGCUGAAGUUACCCGCAGAUGUGCACCGCAGGAUCCGCAGGCAGAAGAUGCAGCUUUUGUGCCCGUACUGCAGGCAGUGCUUCGCGCAGAGGGCGGGGUUAGAGAAGUACUCCUGUACCGAGUGCGGGAAGAGUUUCAUCCAGAGGUCCGACCUGGUCCGCCAUCUCCGAUCACACACGGGCGAGAAGCCCUUCGAGUGCAAGGAGUGUGGCAAACGCUUCAGCCUUAAGGGAGCCCUCAGUGUACACCAGCGUAGCCACACAGGGGAGCGCCCCUUUUCCUGUUCUGUGUGUGGAAAACGCUUUGCGCGAAAGGUAAUCCUUCUCAACCACGAGCGGAUUCACACGGGUGAGAAGCCUUUCGCCUGCUUAGAAUGUGACAAACGUUUUGUGCAGGAGGUGGCUCUGAACAGACAUCGCAGAACCCACACAAGAUAA